CUCUAGGGCUUAUUCUUCGGCAGGAAGCGUCUAUAGCUCGGGCCUCCUUUAUUAUUAGAAGAAGCAGAUUAUUGAUGUCGCCGUUGCGCAGCCUCGCCGUGGGUCUCAGGCUCCGGCUACAUCCAUGGUGUCUUUGAAGAGGGAAUCGGCGUCAGCAGUACUGACGGAGGCUUUUGAAUAGGCUAUCUAGAUGUGCAUUCAGACAUGCUGAUCGGAAUUUCCUGAGGAGGAUCAAGCAACGUCAAAACGGACAGUGUGGAUGGAUGCGGAGAGAUGUGUUCGCUGUCAGUAGGAUUUAUAUUCAUUUACGUUAUGUAAGAGUCUAAGCGCGCAACGCAGCUGUACAAUACCCGAACUGAGGAGUAAUAAUGAAUAACGCGCAAGAUAUGUCUCCCGAUUUUGUGUUGAUGCGCUUGGUUUCUGCAGCGGAAUAUGACCGUGUAGACGAGGAGAAUUUGUUGACGGGCAGCGGAGUGGUUUCCGGAUUCGGGAAAGCAGCUUUGGGUCAUCAUGGCAACAACAUCACCAGUGGGUUCGAGUUGGACCCCACUAACCCCUCCGCAGGCCCGGUGUGCCAGACCAAUCCCUCCCCGCACUGUAGUUCUCAACCGGAGAGCGGGACAGCAGCGCUUGACAGCGGCAUAAUGCUGACUCGACCCUCGCUGUCUGAUACUCCACCGCCGCCCGACUUUGCCGUGGCCCAGCGCUUCGAAUUCCCACACACGGGGGGCCGAGGCUCGCGGGCACAGCUCAUGGUUUUUCAAAACCUCCUAACGACCGGGGAAGGACUCGAGCAGUCCGGUUAUCAAACGGGCGAGAACGACACGUUAGACGGCGGCGGCACAGGUGUGUCAAACGGCGGCGUCGAUGACAAUUCCAACUACAGCAUAAGCGCACACCAGCGAAUACCCUCACAAAGACUCCAGUGGCACCCGGUAAUGCAACUCACCAAGGUAGCGGUGGAGGGCAGCGACUUCUCCGUUGGGAGAGGAGGUCUCUGCCACAGGCACCAUUUAGUCACUGACACCAUGGACUGGCCUCCUUUACUAGACAAGUCCCUACAGUUUGGCCUGCUGGACCCGCGUAAGGCUGGUAGUGACCACCACAGGGAGGACCCAGUGCUGAGCCUGGCCAGACGUCUGGGGGAACUGGGCCAGGCGUCGGAGAAGCUGCUGAAGGAUGGCGAGCCGCUGCGCUGCUCCUGCCAGAGCGUGCUGGCGUCGGCCACAGCGGGCAUGGGGCCCGGGGAGGACCCGAGUGAGACCAGCGAUGCGCUGCUGGUGCUGGAGGGCCUUGGCUCGUCGGAGGUGGGCGAGCUGGCCAUGGGCGGGUGCCCGUGCCCGGGGCGGGACGGCUUCAAAGGAGAACCGGGGGCCGAGUCGGGGGAACCGGACACGGGCCAGGACGGGGCGACCACGCCGAUGACCAUGACGACCAUGACGGUCGCCGCGGCGACGGCCACCUUCUCCAGCAGCUCUCUGAGCGGGCUCAUGCAGCAGGUGCAGCGGCUGGCGGCGGCAGGGGCAGCGCUGGGCGCAGAUGCCUACCGUGACCCGCAGACGUGCCGCCCGUCCCUCCCAGACGGCCUCUGCCCCUCGGGCACGCUGGCGCCGGACGCCUCCGGCUCCUCCUCCUCCUCGGGCACUCUCCCCGAAGCACCGGCCUCCACGACCACCCAGGCGCCCGAGCACCCCCAGCCCUCGGACGCCACCUCGCCACCCACGCCCACCGCCGUCGCACACACCCCGCUGAGCCGCCCCCCCACGCCCAAGCGCAUCGGCUCCCCCAUGGCGGUGGCGGCCGCCCUGGGCAGUGCCACCCUUGGCGUUGGCGGCGGAGGUGCCAGCGAGAGCCAGAAGAGCAGGGGCAAGUCGAGGAAGGGCUCGCUGAAGAUCCGCCUCAGCAAGCUGUUCCGCACGCGCAGCAGUGGCACAGGAGUGGGCGGCGCGGGCGCGGGCGCCAGCGGGGGGAGUGGCGGUCCCAGCCCUCUGCUGGACAAGCGUCCCUCGCUGGCCUCGUCCACCUCGUCGGGCGGCAGCCUGAUGGACGUGUGGAGCUCCUCCAGCGCUGAACCUGACGCUGGCAGCAGGCCCCAGCUGUCGAGGCCCCAAAGUGCCUUCUCUCCUGUGCCCUUCACUCCUGCCUUCACUGACGACUUCGGCGGGCCGCAGCCUGGGGUGUCCCUGGACAACGUGGUGGGGGCGUCCAUGCAGUCGCUGCCCCUGAGAGCCCCACCCCCUUCCCACGCCAUCAUCCAGCACAGCCUCAGCCUCAACGACACGUUCCUCAGAGGACUGCCGCGCCCCAUCCCCUUGGUGCCGGACGGUCCCAACGCGGCCCGCCAUGACCAGCGGCCCUCUCUGUUCCCGCUGAGCCGACCCGACGCCAGCAGCUUCGCCACCAGCCUCAGGGAGCUGGAGAAGUGUGGCUGGUACUGGGGCCCUAUGAACUGGGAGGACGCGGAGCUGAAGCUGAAGGGAAAGCCGGACGGCUCGUUCCUGGUGCGGGACAGCUCUGACCCACGCUACAUCCUCAGCCUCAGCUUCAGAUCACAGGGGGUCACACACCACACACGCAUGGAGCACUACAGAGGGACCUUCAGUCUGUGGUGCCACCCGAAGUUCGAGGACCGCUGCCACUCCGUGGUGGAGUUUAUCGAGCGUGCAAUCAUGCACUCCAAAAACGGAAAAUUUCUCUACUUCCUACGAUCUCGAGUGCCAGGGUUGCCGCCCACGCCGGUGCAGCUGCUGUACCCCGUGUCCCGGUUCAGCUCCGUCAAGUCCCUGCAGCACCUGUGCCGCUUCUGCAUCCGCCAGAUGGUGCGCAUCGACCACAUCCAGGAGCUGCCGCUGCCAACGCCCCUGAUCGAGUACCUGAGGAAGUUCUACUACUACGACCCUGAGGAGGAGAUGUACAUGUCCAUCCGGGAGGCGCGGAGGGACCCCGGCACUGCACCGCCCGCCGAGACACAGACGUAGCAGUUCCACCAGAUGAAGCAUUCCCUUUAUUUUUGUAGAAGUGAACAGCUGCCCAUGAAGACUGCAAACUGGACUGGUGACGGCGCCCGUCCCAUGCUGGAGUGGAUCAGACUGCUGGUGUUCCUGCGUGACGGGGACAGGCCGUGGGUGGGGU